GCUGAAGGGGCAACGGGCGGCCAAUCGGGGCGGGGAUUGUUGCGUGGUGGGGGCAGACGGAGCCGGACGGCGGGAGGCGGCGGAGCGUGUGAAGCGUUGUGAGACGAUGUCGAGCAGGAGGAGCGUCGGUGACCCGGAGUACUUAACCAGGCGCAUCCCUCAGAACCCCCGGUACCAACACAUCAAAACCCGCCUCGACACCGGGUGCAGUCUGACAAAAUACAUUGAGAAGUUGGAGGAAAUCAAAAGAAAUUACAGGUACAGAAAGGAUGAGCUCUUUAAAAGACUGAAAGUGACUACUUUUGCCCAAUUGGUCGUUCAGGUUGCUUCUCUGUCUGAUGAAACCUUAGAAGUGACGAAUGAGGAGAUCCACAAGCUGGAAGAUGGCAAUUCUGCUGCUUCAGAUGCAGAUGCUGAGCUCACAGCGGGGACAAAUGGCAAAGAGAGCCCCAAUGGGACACCCCCCAGUCCUGUCCUGUUCAUAAACAACACCGGAGCUGGAGAAUCGUAUCGCUCCACGCUGCAGAGUUUGAUCAGUGGUGUCGGUGAGUUGGAUAUAGAAAAGGACACUCAUAAGAAAGCAGACCCCCAGGCAAAGGAUACUCCUUAUCCUGACUGCCCCUUCCUGCUGUUAGAUGUACGAGACCGCGAUGCUUACGACCAGUGUCACAUAAUUGGAGCUUAUUCUUAUCCUAUUACAAUGCUGUCUAGAGCCAUGAAUCCAUACACAAACAGUAUUCUGGAAUAUAAAAAUGCCCAUGGAAAGAUUAUAAUUUUGUACGACGACGAUGAACGGCUCGCAAGCCAGGCUGCCACCACCAUGUGUGAGAGGGGCUUUGAGAACUUGUUCAUGUUGUCUGGAGGGCUGAAGGUGCUUGCACAGAAGGUCCCAGAAGGACUCAUCACUGGCUCACUCCCCGUGUCCUGCCAGGUGGCAGCUCCCACAGGAUCUGCCCGAAAAAAGGCUGUUCCCAAAGUGCCACCCACACGUGCUGAGAGCAAAUGGAGGUACUCAGCAGAAGAUCUGCAGAAGAUUAAGUACUACCUCGAAGAGGAGCAGCUUCCUUCAGACACUGCCAGUCGCCUCAGCCGUGGCUCUUCGGGACGUGAUUCCAAAGCAACAACAGCAUGGAGCAGCCCCAGCCUCCCCAGCAUGGCAGGAUCCCGCAUGCUCAGCAGGAGCAGCUUCCAAAACAGGCCGUGGAAAUAAGCAGCCGUCUCUCCUUCCACUGAAUAAAUGAGAGUCCAGGUUCUGGGAACCCUGAA